UGUCAUCCACCUACUUGCUCUCCUUACAUUUCCUGAUUGUCUCUACUAAAUAGUGGCAAAAUGCAAGAAAUAUCUUUGAAAGUAGCACUCUUUUCUGCUUAUGAUCAUUGCUGUGUCCUUAUCCUACCGCUGCAUCAGUGUUUACCGAGCCUCUGAGCUGAUGUGUGUCUGUGUUGGAUCUGUCAGAGUGAGCCGGCGGCCCUGUGAGGAUGGACCGCUGCUGGAGGAGCAGGAGACGGAGGGCCAGCGGCAGCUCCACAGCCUCCUACUGCAGCAGCUCCACACCGACGUCGACAUCGAUCGAUGUGUCGCCAAGAGGCAGUGCUUCGCCCCGGCGGCGCUCUAUCGGCCGUUUGGAGAGCAGGCAGCGGGAGUGAGAAGCCUCACCCAGUUCCAGGCCCUGCAGGACGGGGAGCAGGAGCUGGCCAGCCUGAGGGAGCUGGGCCUCACCGACGCUGAGAUCCAGCUGUGGCAGAGCAGAGAUGCACCAGAGAAGUCCCAUGGUGUGUGUGCAGCUCCGGGUGCAAAGCAGCAGCGCCUUCAGGUGAUUAGAGACAAGAUUGAAGCCCAUGCGGAGCUCCUGUCCCGGCCACAGCGCUUCGCCGCCAGCCGCCCGCUGUCACGGCGGGAGAUGGAGAUCGAACAAGCGCUGUUCCAGGGGACCGACCGUCUGGGUUUCCUCACCGCACUUUACCAUCGAGAUGAAGAGGAGCAGGAGAGCCAGCAGGGGGCGUCAUCCUCUGACCCGAUGGAUUCCCUCUACAGAGACGUUCUCAGGACGGAGAAACAAGCUUCACAGCAGAACUCGGAUGGAGAACCAACGGCAGCAUCACACCUGUCCACACACAGAACUGUAUCUGACCAAUCACAGCACUCACAGAGAGACAACACCCAAUCAGAGCGUCAGUCAGAACCGUACGAGGAAAGAAAUUCCCUGUCGGUCCAAUCACGGUCUGGUUCAGACGUCUCAGAGCAGCAGAGCUCUCCACAGCAGCCACCACCUGCUGCUCCAACACACAUUAACAUCAGCCAGCCGAUUGGCCACCUGCGUGGAGCGGCGACGGCGAGGCCAGGCGGGCCGCUGACCGUCAGAGGGGAGAUCGAGACGGUGACAGAUGAAGAAAUCCUGAGGAACCGUGAAUCUGAAGAGGAGAUCCGAAACAUCCCGAGGUUCAGAAACUACCAGCCGGGAAAACCCUCCAAGGUUCUGUGCGUGAAGAACUUGAGUGCUCAGGCGUCGGUGGCCCAGCUGGUGGCGCUGUUCUCCAGAUUCGAGCAGAGCGACGGGCCGCCGGUGGUUUACCGGCUGCUGACGGGGAGGAUGAAGGGUCAGGCCUUCAUCACGCUGCCAGACGCUGAAGCGGCCCAGAAUGCCUUGCAGUUGGUCCACGGAUACCGGUUGCUAGGGAAACCUUUGGUGGUUGAGUUUGGCCGUGAACGACAGGAAGAGGAGAAACAAAAGGAGAAGGAAGAGGAGAAGAAAUAAAAACAACAAGAAAAAAAAUGUUCAAUCGUGACCAAAACUCAGGACUUUCAGGGUCGUGAUUAACAUUCUGUAUUAUUUAUUUUUUACUGCUGGUUUCUGACGAAUAAACGUCUGUUUUCUGGAGCAGCA